AUGGCAGCUCUGGUGACAGCACGGGAGUCAUUCCUUUUUCUCUUUCUGCAGGUGCACAAUUUAGAUCCAAACACAUGGAAGAGUGUUGAAGUUGUUCAUAUUGACAUUGCAGAUAGGACUCAAGUAGAACCAGGAGACUACAAAGCUGAUGAAGACCCUGCAUUAUUUCAGUCGGUUAAGACGAAGAGAGGACCUCUGGGGCCAAACUGGAAGAAAGAGCUAGCAACUGAUGAAGAGUGUCCUAAAAUGUGCGCUUACAAGUUGGUGACUAUCAAAUUUAAAUGGUGGGGACUGCAGAACAAAGUUGAAAACUUUAUACAGAAGCAAGAAAAAAGGAUAUUUACCAACUUUCACCGCCAGUUGUUCUGUUGGAUUGACAAGUGGAUUGAUCUGACUAUGGAAGACAUUAGGAGAAUGGAGGAUGAAACCCAAAAGGAGCUGGAAGCGAUGCGUAAGAAGGGUUCCGUUCGAGGCACUUUGGCUGCUGACGCCUAGAGGAGUUCUCUGUAGGUUCUGAGGCAAAUCAAGCUGUCUACGUUAUCAAGGCCAAGUCAGAGGAACAAGUGCUGCCAAUGAUGAAUGAUGAUGGAUUUAACCGUCACAUGCAGUGUCGAUAUACCAAUGUGUGUGUGGAUGCAUGAUUAUUUGUAUAUAAUUAUAUAUACGCACAUGCAUACAGAAGGGGUUGUUACAGUGUCUCCAGGGUACUCUACCUGUCCUCAGCAACGAUUCAAAGGAAACUGCUUUCAUUCUGUAAACCUGAAGCAAAUAAAAAAAAAAUCAACUGAGUAGUGUCAUUUAAAGGACGAAUUAACUGCAGAAUUAUCCUAACUGGUAUGUUUCAUGAAUGUCAAUACUGGACCAAUGUAUUCCCUCCUUGGUUUCUUUCCCCCCGCCCCUGUCUCGAGUCACUCUGCUCUAACUUGCCCAUAUCUCACUGUAAAGAAACGGAUUCCAAUAAGUUCAUUUCAGUUUUGUGUCUUCCCUAUGUGAUUAUUUUUGGAAUAGGAACAAUGAAUGUAUUUAUAGCUAUUUAUUUCUGGAUUGUCAUUAUCCUAUAGUCAAAUCAGCACACACAAAAAAAUUUCUAUUAGUGAAAUUGGAAGAUUUUUACUGUUGAGUAAGUUUAACCCAAACUUUACCCAUUCACUGAUUUAAAAGGAAAAAAAAACAUGUUUUACUGGACUUUUGUACAUUGAAAUGCUAAUGGUUUUUCUUCAUUAAAAUUGGCAAGAUUAAGGAAAAAUGGCUUGUGAUUUAUAAAAGUAAUUACAACUUGAAAUUUUCCAGAAGCUGAUUUUUUUAGACAAAGUUACUGACAAUACUUGUAGAAUAUUUGGAGUGUAUCUCAGGCCGGGCAGUGGGAGUGAAGCGGGGGGGGACAGCCCUUCCCCAAAGUAAUUCUUCUGUUGAUGAAAUGGCAAUUUUUCCAGAGUUUGGCUUUGGAAGCUAUGCAAACGGUCUUGAUGUCACACCCGUUACGCAAUGGAAUAUAAUGGUGAUUUUUUUUUAGCUCUUUUCAUGUUGAAAAUACACUUUAAAAAAAGAUGUAUACUUUCAGAUAUGAUGAAAGUUUAAAUUGUAGCAUCUGAAACGUAUUUCUCUUGAUAUUUGUUAGGAGUAGACACGUAAAAGUAAAGAUGGUGUAAUAAAGACCUCCUGUAGAUAACUCUAAAAUAGGGAAAAUGUCUUCAGCAUUUUUAAAGGAAAUAUUCAGAGCAUAUCAUAGGUGUAUAUUACCAAAAUCCUUGCUAGAUCAGGAACAAAUUAUUUUAAAAACACUAAUUGGAUGAAGUUCUAUUAAUGCCUGGUUUCCUUCCAGCAUCCCCAGACACCUUAGUGGGACAAGCGUUGCUUUCAGGCUUCUGUCAUCUUAAUUUCAUCUAAAUCCAGGUAUUUUGGAAUGAUUUGGGACCUACCUUGCUGACAAAGGGAGGGGUGUGAUUUCCAUUAGGGGCAGUGACAGAAUUUCCCAAAGCUUGCAGGGUGGGCUGGGUGUGGGCAUUCAGCCCCCUCUGCUCUGGAAUUGCACCCUGUGCUGCAAAAUUAAUUUGUUUUUAAAUGUUUUUUUUCCUUUAUUGAUUUGCAGUUAAACAGUUACUUGUCCUCUGUACCAUCAGGGGCUUGGAUUUGUAAAUAUAGAGAGAGACGUGCGCGCGCACACACACACAGAGGUAGGAUUUUGGAAGUGCUGGCAGCCUGGGGGGGGCUGCACCUCUGGGACCCCCAGGGCUCCGUCCUCUUUGGUGCUGGGACACGAGUCCCGUGGGACACAAAACUGAGGGAAAAGGGACCCAGAACUUCCAUGGUUUUGGAUUAGUUGUGAAUAAUCGGAGAGAAUCUUGUAGUGAAUGUACAAUGUUUAGUUUACUUUGGCAGUCUCUGGUGUGACCUACAGUAAAACAGUCAAUGAAAUUUAAUUAAAUAAAUUUGAUCAUAAAA